AUUUUAAAUUUGCAUCAUGUCUAUAAAAUGCGUUUGAAAAAAAAAAUGAGUAAAAACUACAAUAACAAAAGUUUGUCUCACGAGAAAUAAAGAGAAAGAGAGUAAAUAACUUAGCAGAAAUCAGUUUUGAUUCAUGCCUUAGUCACUCAUCUGUCGUUGUUUAAAUUGUAUUAUUAAAAAUACGGGUGUGCUUCAAAAACAAAAGUUGUUAAAUGUUUUGCCAUUAAUUUCUAAACAUUUAAAUCAUACAAUUGUCAAAAUAUGAUUCGCUAUUUACAGGGAAAGUUAAAAACACGUGAAGGAAUUAAUUUUCGAUGACUCAUGACCUCAAAUAUAAAAGUUAUAAUUUUACAAUGUACAUUAUUAGAAAUCUUUAAAUAUAAAAUCAUAAAAGAGAAUUGUUUGCCAUAUUGUGAUUUAUUGUAACGAUGAAAAAUGCGUAUGUAUUGUGUGACGUAAACUCAAUCCAUCUCAUUUAUAGAAACAUACACUUAAAGUCUUUAUAAAAUAUUUUGAAUGUGCCCUCUGGAUCAACUAAAGAACAUAAAAAGUGUAAUUUCAGCUUCGAAUAAUUGAAUUGAAUAUUUUAAAGUUUUCUGAAAUAUUGAAUAUGAAAUGUGAAACGCUCAUUUUGAAACGAAAUCUGAUUCUCCUGUGCUUAAUAAGCCAUACUAUCACUUUUUACUGAUACUUAGAGUAUGCCAAUAACUAGUGUCCAAAAUAAAUCAUAUUCCUUUUUGUGUAUAAAACUCGAGGAAAAUUCAUAACUAUUCAAAAUUAAAAAAAAUCAUGGGGUCAAUAUUAUCAAAAGGAAAUGAUAAUUUAAAUAACAACGAUUCUAAUGAACACCGAAAUAACAUUUAUCUGGACUGCAAUAGUGAUAUCAUGAGUUCACCUUCAUCAACUCUAAUUGCAAAUCAUAUACGGCAGCCGAGUAUACGAAGCAGAAAUUUACAACCGAUGCCUAACUCAUCAGAACUAGACCGUCGAUUUGCAAAAGUUCUGCAAUCUAUGGAUCUUCCUCCUGAUAAAGCAAAGCUGCUCAAAAAUUAUGACAACGAAAAAAAAUGGGACAUUAUAUGUGAUCAAGAAAUGGUUCAUGCAAAAGAUCCUCCGUCUCACUAUUUGACCAAGCUUCGAACUUACCUUGACCCCAAAGCUUCUCGUAGUCACAGAAAACGUAAAAUAGUUGGUGAAUCUACAUCCACACAAGUUUUAAGAGAUUUAGAGAUUUCAUUACGUACAAAUCAUAUUGAAUGGGUAAAGGAAUUUCUCGAUGAUGAAAAUCAAGGACUAGAUGCAUUGGUUGAUUAUUUAAGUUUUCGAUUACAAAUGAUGCGUUACGAAUAUCAAAUUGAAGAGUCAUUAGACGAUUCGCAAGAAGGAUUCGAAAAACUUCGAGCAAGUACUGGAAAUAUAAAUACAAAUAAUCACAGUUCAUCACAUAAUAGAUUAACAAUGAUUUCUGCAAUGGGAAGCUUUAACCGACCAGGAAUUAUUGAACUUCUCAAUAGCCCUGGUACAAAACGAAGAUCUAAGCAUAUACAGAAGCUGAAUAUGGGAUCCACAACAGAUGAUAUUCAUGUUUGUAUAAUGUGCCUUCGAGCAAUAAUGAACAAUAAAUAUGGCUUUAACAUGGUAAUACAACAUCACGAAGCAAUCAAUUGUAUUGCGUUAAGUCUUAUGCACAAAUCAUUGCGUACAAAAGCAUUAGUUCUUGAAUUAUUAGCAGCAAUAUGUUUAGUGAAAGGUGGACAUGAAAUAAUAUUAAGUGCCUUUGAUAACUUUAAAAAAGUUACUGGGGAGAAAAAAAGAUUUGAAACUCUACUUGAUAUGUUUAUUAAUUACGAAGCAUUCAAAGUUGACUUUAUGGUGGCAUGCAUGCAAUUCAUGAAUAUUGUAGUUCAUUCAGUUGAGGAUAUCAAUUAUCGGGUUCAUCUUCAAUAUGAGUUUACCGCGCUAGGCCUUGAUGAAUAUUUAGAAAAAUUAAGACUAACGGAAUCGGAAGAGUUACAAGUUCAAAUAUCAGCCUAUCUUGACAAUGUGUUUGAUGUAUCAGCAUUAAUGGAAGAUAGUAUAACUAAAACAGCAGCAUUAGAAAGAAUAAAUGAGUUAGAAGACGAUUUAGGACGAGCCUCAGAUAGAAUUGCAGAAAUUGAAAGAGAAGCUGCAUUUAAUAUCGCAAACUUACAAACAGAAUUACAAAGAACAAGACAAGAACGUGACGAGUUAACACAAAAACAAAGGGUUUUUGAUGAAGAAGUAAACAAAUUAAAAUUGAUUGUUCAAAAACAUGAGCAAGAGUCAAAAUCACGAGAAUCGAUGCUUCUAGAAUUGGAAAACUUUUCAAAGACACUACCAAAAGGAACUUCUUGGCAGGAUGUUUCAAAUAUGUUAGCAAAAGGAGGAAAAUUCUCAGAUAUUAUGUCAACACCGUCAAAUGUAAAAACCGGUAGUAAUUCUGAAAAUGCAAAAGAAAUCGUUAGUCCUCCUCCACCUCCUCCCCCAAUGAUUCCAGAAAUUAAAUCAUCAUCCAUUCCUCCAGCUCCACCAAAACCAUCUAGUGGAAUACCUCCUCCUCCUAUGCCGGGAAUGAUGCCAAUAUCAAACGGUGCCAUGACAAUUAAAAGAAAAGUUCAAACCAAAUAUAAAUUGCCAACGUUGAAUUGGGUUGCACUUAAACCAAAUCAAGUUCGAGGAACGAUCUUUAACGAAUUGGAUGACGAGAAAAUUUUUAAAGCUAUUGAUUUUUGUGAUUUUGAAGAAAAGUUUAAAAUUGGUUUGGGAUUAGGAGCUUUAGGUGGUUCAGAAAUAGAUGGAUUGUCAAGAGACUUUUCAAGUAAACGAUUUAAGAAGCCCGAAAACAUUUCAUUACUAGAGCAUACUCGUUUGCGUAAUAUUGCGAUUUCCAGAAGAAAACUUGAGAUGGGUCCUGAAGCUGUAAUCAAAGCGAUAAAUAACUUAGAUCUAAAAAGUUUAUCUCUCGAAAAUGUUGAACUUCUUCAAAAAAUGGUUCCAACUGAGCAAGAAGCAAAACUCUAUAAAGACUAUGUAAUUGAAAAGAAAAAUACUAACUUGUUAACAGAAGAAGACAAAUUUAUGUUAAAUCUAACCAAAGUUGAAAGAAUCUCUUCCAAAUUAUCAAUUAUGAAUUAUAUGGGCAAUUUUUUCGAUUCUAUUCACCUAAUAAGUCCGCAAAUUUACUCAAUUAUAUCCGCAUCAUCCUCAGUAAAAUCGUCUAAAAAGUUUAGAUUGCUAUUAGAGAUAGUUCUGGCAUUUGGAAACUAUUUAAAUUCAAGCAAACGAGGUCCCGCAUAUGGUUUUAGAUUGCAGAGUCUUGACACAUUAUUGGAUACUAAAUCAACAGAUAAAAAAAUUUCAUUACUUCAUUAUAUUGUCGCAACUAUUCGCCAAAAAUUCCCAGAUCUUAUGAGUUUUGAUUCAGAAUUUUUCUGCAUAGACAAAGCUUCUCAAGUUUCCUUAGAAAAUGUAAUAGCCGACGUAAAUGAACUAGAAAAGGGAAUGGAGAUCGUUAGAAAAGAAGUUACAGCUGCAGGAAAAAAUACCCAGUGUUUAGUACUGAAAGACUUCUUAUCAAACUCUGAGGACAAGUUAAAAAAGAUUAGUGCUGAUACAAAAGUGGCGCAGCAGAGUUUCAAAGAAUGCUUAGAGUAUUUUGGUGAAUCUUCUAGAAAUCCUGACGCUAAUGCAUUCUUCUCACUCCUUGUACGAUUUGUCAAAGCAUUUAAGACAACAGAUCAGGAAAAUGAGCAACGAAAACGACUAGAACAAGCUGUUGCAUUAGCAGCAUUAAAAAAAGAACGCGAAGAAGAAGUAGUUUUAAGAAAUAGAACUAAUCCAAAAAAGCAACAAGAAGCGGUAAUAACUGAAUUAAAGCAUGCAACGGCUAUAAGAGAGAAGAAACUCCUUCAUCAAGAAGAUGUGUAUAAUGGCGCACUUGAGGACAUACUAUUGGGGUUGAAAUCAGAACCAUAUCGAAGAGCUGACGCUGUUAGGAGAAGUCAAAGACGAAGAAUCGAUUCAAAUCGUUACUCAAGAACUCUUGAAGAAGAGUUUUAAAUAGAAUUUUAUUUUGUUUAGCUUAAAGUAAAAAAAUUGCAAAACUAUAAAUUGCAUCUGUAAAAGCCUUUGUUGAUUAAAUUAUACAUAUUUUUACAACUAUUUUACAAUAUACAUUUUAAAAAGCGAAUCCUACAAAAAUAUCAUGUUUUUCAAGAAUUACGAACAUAAUUUUCUUCUUAUUAGUGGAAGUUUAUUAUAUGAUAUAGUUAAUUAAGUUUUGAAUCUCGAACCAUUCCAAGAAUCAAAAUGAUCACUUUUGUGUCAAAACUUUGAUAUUUUGAUCUUUGUGAACCUAUGGCUUAGAAAAAAUAUCAUUUUCAAAACAAUUUUUUCUUUGCUUUUGAUCUAUUUCAAAAAAAUAUAGUGAAUAAAAAAAUACUUGAUCUAAAACUCAUAAAAAAUUUGUAAAGCACAAUAUAUAUAAAUUCAAUAUUUUAACAUCAAUUCCUUUGUACUUGAGCAUUUAUAAAAAAAGACUUUAACUUUAUAAUGAAAGUAUUUCCUGUUCCAAUUUUAUAGAAUAAAAAAUGCAAAUACUAUUUGUAUAUUAUUUUGAUAAUAAAUAUUUGAAAAUUU